AUGUCCUGGCUAAGAAGAAAGAAAGAUACCUCAUCGGAUCCAUCCUCUUUGGAUUCCAUGUAUGAAUUACAUACUCUCAACACAACCAUUUGUUUCAUUCCAUUUACUUUUUAUCAACAAGCAGUUGGAGGAGAUGAGGCUCAAAAAUUGUUCCGAACAGGAUAUUAUUACUCGUGUCUUGAUAAUUUGUUUAAAAAGUAUGAUUUGUAUAGUGAUAAGGCAAAAAAGGUGUUAUGGCAAGAAAAAGAUUGUUUUCCGAAUUAUGAACCCAUUCAUGAAAUUAUGAUACGAACAGCCUUGCCAAGUGCACAAAAGAAAAAAGUGGAAGAAACUCCCGAAGAGAAGGAGAGUUUGGCAAAAUUCAUUCAUACGACUGCUGAGUGCAUUCAAAAGAGAAUUACGAAAACUCAAUUGGAGGAAAAAUUGAAGAAGGCUAUGACUGGAAAGUUCUCUGAAUCAGCGCCAAUUGAAUGGUAUACUGCCUUUGACAAAAACUCAUCUCAAGACUAUGCCUUAAAUACACAAAUGAAGCAACAAAUACUUGAGGACACCAUGAAUCCAUGUCUCAAAUUUAAACCUUCCAGUUUAGCAGAUCUACAUCCAAGAAGCGUUCAUGGAAAGAAAGAGAUUCCAAAGGAAGAAUUUAACAAUAUGAUCAAUACCAUGAAAUUUGAACAUUGCAACACGUCACUGCUUUGCUCUAAAAGCAUCACCAAUUGUCUCAAGAGAAUGAACAAGGGCGAUGACAAGACAGCUCAAAAUCAGCAUUUCAUUCAGUGUUUCAACGAUCCUGAAGUAAGGGCUUGCAUUUCAAAGAUUUAA